UGUGGCGUUAUCGUCUCAACUCUGUGGAUCAAUUUAAGAGCGCUAUUAGGCAACAUUACCUGUUAGAGUGAUGUAACUGCGGUGCCGAGAGAGACGCGUACCAGGCUAUCUUCUCUUAUUUGUAGUGUUUUUUUUUUCUUUUAAAGUAAACAAUUAGCCUAAUGGCAUGUGUUUUGCUCAGUUCCCAAUGUUAACUACGUUUUAGGACCGUGAUUGCCAGAGAGAACCAGCACUUUACAGGCAAGGCUCCAGCGAGAGCGUUUACCCAUCGCGCAUCUGUCGAUUCAGAACACAGUGUAGAAAAAUAUAGAAAUAGCACUAUUGCACUGAACUGAAAAAUGAGGUACGGAUUGGUGGUUGUUACAGCUGGGUUUACAGGUUUGCUCAGCUUUAGCCUCCUCGCUGUGGCCAUCGGGACUGAUUACUGGUACAUAAUCGUCGAUAUGAACAAACCCAACUGCUCAUGUUCAGAGGACCUAAGUUCACAUUCUGGACUGUGGAGAAUUAAUGAAGGAACAAACAUGACCUCAGUCAUCCAUUCUUUCACAGCAAAUAUGUCCAGCCUGUCAGAAGUGGAAAGGCACCUUCUUGGCUUGCACAAGGUGGUGGUCAUCAUGUUGCCCCUCAGCCUGGUCCUGCUGGUGUUCGGAUGGAUCGUUGGACUUGUCAGUUCGUUAGCCAGCAGUCCCAAAUUGCUGGCUGGAUCAGCAUCCUACGUUCUAUUCUGCAGUCUUUUUACCUUGUCGGGGGUGAGCAUCUACAUCAAAUACUCAAACCUGGCCAUGGUGGAGUUCCAGCGUAUUGUGUCUCCAGAGAACCUUGCCCGUGUGGACGUGUCCUUCGGAUGGUCCUUAACCGCAGCCUGGCUGUCCUACAGCAUGGAGUUGGCCACUGGCCUGCUGCUUAUGCUAGCUGCCAGGAUAAGCCAAACGAAAGGACGCUAUGAUUCUGGCGUAGCCAUUGCCUAGUUAUGAAUGGAUAUUAAUUACUGUACAUAUAUACAGCAAUUGUUUCGUCUUUGAAUCUGUUUUUGCAGUGUUUCACAGUAAAUUUAGCUUUUUGUAGUAGGUGUAGCUGAUAAAGCAUUUUGGACGAGUUGAUUCAGCAGUAGGUUUUCUGUGAGACUUGUCUUGAAAUCUUAAAACAACUUAAUCUAUGAGAAAAAUGCAAAUUCCCUGUCCUGCAAUAUGAACACAGGCAAAAUAAGAAUUGAAGAAGCAUGGGACCAUUUUCUUUUUGACGUGUGCUAUACAGAUAUUUUAAGGAGGAGUUCUCCACCUCUUCUACACACUGUACACUGCAGUUAAAUAUGGUUCAUAUCAGUGGAUCAAGAGGUUUCGUUUAAGUGAUUCUGCAGAAGAUAACCACCUCAAUGGAGCAACCUAGAUUCCAGCACAUAGUCACAACUAGUUCAGUUUCUAGUAUUUCAUGAUGGAAAAGCUGCUGCAUUGAUGUUUUAGAGAAAUUUAGCAUUUGGCUGAUUUAAGACAAUUUAAGACAAUAUUGGCUUGUGACUUAAAGAGAAAAUGUUAGUUUGGGCCUCCUGAUUACAAACUUCAUAUACCCAUCCUACUAGUAAGUGCAUGAAUCAUGGAAACAGGGCUGAAGAUCAGUGCAUUCUUGGGGAUUCUGCAAAGUGUUUUCAGCAGUACAGAUGCAUGUGUUGCUGCAUGCUUUGCAGUAGUAGUAUGCUUUUACAACGGCAUGAUAUUUAAAUAUUCCGUCUGUGCUGUCCACCUAGGAAUGAGACUUCUCUCUUCUGCAUAGAAGUAAAAACAACAAAUAUAACAUUUAGCACUUUGUAGUGCUGUAAAGUGUAUUGUGGUGUUCCAUUUGUAUUGUUAACUGAGACAAAAAAGCAAUGAAACUCAAAUCCAGCUGCAUUAUCUACAACAGAAAAAGGAUUGAUCAAAUGUUUUGAAAUGUCUGUGACACACUGUAAUCAACUUCUGCAUUAUGCUCUGAAGAUUUUUUGUUGUGCGACAAUAUCUAAAACAUUAUGCUCUGUA